AUGACAUCGCCUGGAGAUGCCACUCCGGUGAAACCUCCGCCGUCCUUCUCCCCCGGCGUAGGGCGCAACGCAUCCAAGUCCCGAUACCCGGAUGAGCACGAGUCCACAGUAUCUAUAGAUGCCGAGUUGGCAGAGACUCGCUCGGUCUCAUCGCCAACGCCUCCCCUAUCAGCUACAACUGCAGAACUGCCAAUUCGGUCAGCGUCACCGCAAGCCCGCUCUAUUAGAUCGUCCACCCCGCAAUUAGCUCGAUCAUCGUUCGGAUCACCUUUAGAUGGACGAUUCGAUGGGUCAGAGGAUAUCAGAUCAUUGAUCAUCCGAGGGUUCUCUCCAACUGUCGCUGUCUAUGCUUCCGAGGACACGGAUGAGCUUGUGAAGAAUAAGGGGUUCAAAGGGGGCUUCUGGGAACUGCUGCGGCCGUUCGGGGAGACCGUCACGGGGAAGGUGAUCAUCCGGGACAGCAUUGGGUCGAGUCGUGCUUGGGAAGACUAUGGAGUGCGUUUCGUGGAUCUGAAAGCGUUGGGUCGGGCACCCGCCAGUCGGGACUCUGGGCGGGAUUCGCCGCUGGCGCAGAUAGAGGAGGUUUUGGGGCAGCAAUUAGGGUCUGCGGAGGGGUCGUUGGGUGCCUCUUUGCCGCCUAAGGAUGUCCUGGGCUUUCCCGCGACGACAUCUCUAUCCAAGCUGUUCUUGAGGCAACUCUUAUCCUCUACGCCUGCGGCCCCCCACGAGACAUUCGGGCACCCGGUAGCCAGUGUGAUUGCGAUCAGCUCCCGCAACAAAGCCCCACUGGAGACCCUCCGACAGCUUUACGGUGAAACCAACACGGGCGACAAGCGGCUGCCAGAUUGGGUGCACCAAGAAUAUCUACGAUACUAUGUCCUGGUUCACGAUGAAGAGCGAGAUGACAUCACCGAGUCUACCAAACUAUAUGAUCAGAUGAAGCGCCAUUUCGGUCUACAUUGUCACCUCUUGAGACUCCGAAGCAGCCAGUGCGUUGUGACUGAUGACGAUAGCGUUCAAGUGCCACAUUGCGAGUGGCUAUCUCCGCAAGAACACUUGUCGGGAGCGGGGGAAGCUGAGACACUAGUGGAUCUUGGUACGGACGGUACACCCUAUCUCUUUGACUCCGAUGUGUCGGCAAUCAAAUCCUUCAUUCGGGAACUUACUGUGCAAUCUGUGAUUCCCUUCAUGGAGAACCGAGUCGCAGUUUGGAAUGAUCAAGUUGCAUCUCGUAGACGCGGUAUCAGUGGCCGGUUCAUGUCAAUGUCGAAGCGGUGGGCUGGGUUUGGCUCCAGCUCACGAUCUGGACUUGGCGGUUCCGGGGGUGGAAACAAUGGUAAUUACGACACGGAGCACAAUUUCUACCGUCAAGACACGCCUGAGGCGAUCUUGCGCAAGAUGGCUGACUUUGCUUUCAUGCUCCGUGACUGGAAACUUGCUUCAUCUACAUACGAGAUGAUUCGCUCGGACUUUGGCAACGACAAGGCCUGGAAAUACCAUGCGGGUGCUCAUGAGAUGUGUGCUGUCAGCAUGCUGUUGAACCCUCUAGCCAUGUCAGCGAAGAUCAAGCUUGAGAGCGUCGACCAGAUGUUUGAGACUGCUUGCUAUUCGUAUCUCACUCGAUGUUCUGACGCGACACAUGCUCUCCGAUGUUUGGCUUUGGCCGUUGAACUUCUCAAGUCCCGCGGUGGGUCGGCAACGGAGAGUGCAGCCAGAUGGGCCAUGCGGGUCAUGGACUUUGGUUUGGUCGGAUCGGUUGGCCAGAUUCUUUUCAUGGAGCGAGUGGCCGCUUGUUAUGCUUCAAAGACGCCUGUGGGCGGAGCUAAAUGGGGCGCGCGUCGGAGGAAAGCUGGCAUGUGGAGAAUCUUUGCUGCCGAUCAGUGGCUCAAGGCCGGCAAACCUACUCUUGCGUCUGCCUGUCUUGAAGAAGCCGAACGUCUCUAUGCCGACGUUCUCGAGGCUGAUGGUGUGUUCCCGAUGCCGGAGAUGCAGAGCUUCAUCGACAACUUGCGUCACGCCGUGAAAGUCGAGUAUCUUCAGGCCCGGGGAUUUGACGCUAAUGAUGAACCGGUCGCUGAAGACCCUGUUGGCACUGAAGAGAUCAGUGAGAAAUUGGAUAAGCGGAAUCACCGUCGUUCGUUGAUGGGGCUUCCGGCGCAACUGGAUGCUGGAACUCUAAUGAGCGCAGGCCCGAUGGACCCUGAGGACCAACCGAAUGAUGACUUUGAACGAGCUUAG